CUUGCUUACAGCUUAGGGGGAUGACGGGUCAAGGAAAGCAGUGUGGGAAGAAGGGAUGGGUGAAGGAAGGAGGUGAGUGGGUGACCAGCGGCCCAGUUUGCCCGGAAUUGAGGGGUUCCAGGAUGUGAGACUUCUGCUGCUAAAAGUUGGACUGAUUGCCCUGUUGUGCUUGACUAUAUGUUCAGCUAAGAUCAGAGCUAAGAACAAAACUGGGCUUAAAGCCUUUUUGAAGGUCAGAAUUGGUUUGGCGCGAACGGAGCGUGGUAAAGCCAGGUGGAUUGCGAUCUCCUCUUACAGAUGAGUAGUUUAGAUGUAGAAAGUUCGGAGGGGGGAAUUUCCAGUGAUCCCAGAGCAUCUCAAAUUUGGUUUUAAGGGUUUCAGUGUUGUUUUAUUUUUAAUUUAGUUAAGUAAUCCCAGUAUAUAUUUCCUUAUGAUUUGCUUCUUUCUCUUAAAAGUAAAAUGCUAAAAUUUUUCGGUCACAUGAUGGUUCCACUCGAUGUAGCUUCAGCUGAUAGUGGCACUCUUGUAGCCAUUUGAGGCGUCUCUGUCCAGAUAGUAUUUAGUCUCUUUUUCCCUCGAGCUGUUGUAAUGGAGGACCAUAUUUACUCCAAUGGCUGAUGUAGAGCUAAAGCAAUGAAGUUUGCCAUUGUUUCAGUAUUGCUGUCAUUAUCCAGGUAUAAAAAGCUUUUGGCAAUUUAAUUUUUGCUUGUGUAAAACAUUAACCUGAUUCAAAAAUCGAACAGCAAGUUUCUCCCCUAAACUACUGUCCCCCAGCACCCAGUUCCCCUACCCACGGGCAACCAGUGUUGAUGCGUUUCCUUUUCAGGUAUCAUAUAUUGGUAACUAUUCCUUAAAGUAAUUUCAUUAAGGUUUUAGUAUUCAAAUGGCCUUUGCACUGGUCUUCAAAUGUAUACCUGUGUGCCAGGUAUUAUUGUUUCUGAAAUUGGUCUUGAGUUACACUGUUGCCUUUUCCCACCUUCUCACCUCCUGCCCCUCUUUCAGCGCAGUUCCCUGGAAGACCCUCCAGUUCAGGGAUCAUGAGAGAAGCCUCAGAUGUCAGAGCAGUAGACCUGUGCUGGAAAUCCAGAAGUGGAGAGACUGAUUUUGGACCUCAGAUUGAGAACCUGAAUAAGAAGCUCUUCACGGUGGUCGCCUGGGAUCCCCGAGGGUACGGACAUUCCAGACCCCCAGAUCGAGACUUCCCAGUAGAAUUUUUUGAAAGGGAUGCAAAAGAUGCUGUUGAUUUGAUGAAGAUGCUGAAGUUUAAGAAGGUCUCUUUGCUGGGGUGGAGUGAUGGUGGGAUAACAGCCCUCAUUGCAGCUGCAAGAUACCCGUCCUACAUCAACAAGAUGGUGAUUUGGGGGGCCAACGCAUACGUGACCGACCAGGACGAGGAGAUUUAUCAGGGUAUCCGAGACGUGUCUAAAUGGAGUGAGAGAACAAGAAAGCCUCUGGAAGCCCUCUAUGGGUUCGACUACUUUGCCAGAACCUGUGAAAAGUGGGUGGAUGGCAUAAAACAGUUUAAGCAUCUUCCAGAUGGUAACAUCUGUCGGCACCUGCUGCCCCUGGUUCAGUGCCCCACCCUAAUCGUGCACGGUGAGAAGGAUCCUCUGGUCCCGAGCUUCCAUGCCGACUUCAUACACAAACACGUGAAGGGGUCACGGUUGCAUCUGAUGCCAGAAGGCAAGCACAACCUGCAUUUACGUUUUGCAGAUGAAUUCAACAAGUUAGUGGAAGACUUCCUACAGUGACAGUGUCCCCGAGGACAUGUGACCUGUGAAUCCUGAGCCUGGGGCUUGAGCCUGGUGCUGCCUUUGAAACCCGCCUGCGGGUCACCCCCCAGUUCACCUGCCUUCUGAGGCUCCCCGUGCCUCCUCACAAACUGCUCCUAAUCCAACAGCAAUAAUGACAUAUUAUAAGCAUCCUCUAGCUUUCAUAGCUACAAAAAUUAAACCUGAUUUUUCAAUGUUGUGAAUUUCUACCAUUGUCUUAAAAAAUAAAUUGCUAUCAUGACUUA